UUGGGCAAUAAACCAUUUCUGGAUACGAGUUACGGGGUGCUGGAUGUUGGUAUUAGCGAUUACGAGAGAGCUCGUGAGGCUACUUGCAACAGAGCUACAAUGGAGAGAACAAGAUCUGGCCAACGGCUCCUCGUUCUUCUGACCUUGUUACAAGGUCCCUGUGGCGUGGCAUGCCUGGAGGUCAGGCCCUCGGUGAACCCUGCCCGUGUUGGGGAUAACGUGACCUUCGACGUCUCUCCCUCGAUGCCAUUAACGUCUGGGGUGUGGAGUGUGGGGUCCAAAGUGCUUGUGUACUGGAUCAAGGCUCAAGAAGAGUCCAUGGACCGCCGAGCCUCCGUGAACACCAGCACCGGGGCUCUCUCACUGACGUCUGUGACUGUCAGUGACUCCGGAGUCUACAGUUUAAAAGUUAACAAUCCUCAAAGUCUAGCUAUGGCCAAUCUGACUGUUCUUGAGCCAGUCUCCAAUGUGACAGUCAGCGUCUCUACAUCUGAUCCAGUGGAGUUCAACGACACGGUCGUUCUGACAUGCUCCGCCUCCGGCUCCGCCCUCUCUUUCCAGUGGCGCAACGUAAGCUCUGACAUCACAGACAGGGAACACAUGAAGCUGACAGGUGACAAUCGCACUCUCGUCAUCUCCAAUGUUACCAGAUUUGACCACGGGCCAUUUUACUGCUUUGUGUCCAAUGGCAUCGGCAAUGACACCAGCGCACCACAAUACCUAAACAUCAGUUAUGGUCCCGGUGACAUGAUAUUUACGAUCGAUGGAUCACAAAACCGUACCUUUCCAGCCGGGUCAAACCUCACGCUGUCCUGCUCGGCUCAGUCCAGCCCCCCGGCACUGUUUGAAUGGGCUUUUAAUGGGAAGCUGCUUAAAAAGACUCCAGAACUGGAGCUGGAGGACGUUCAGGAGAACCAAAGUGGCAAUUAUACCUGCUGGGCCCAUAACACCAGAACCCUGCGUGACAGCAGUUUGACAGAAGCCAUCACCAUAACAAGGUCUCGCUCGGAGUCGGUGCAGCCGACGGUGCGGGCUGUGGCGCUGCUCAGCUUCCUCUUGGCCGUGGUCCUUCAUCUGUCUGGUUUCACCCAGCCCAUCAAAACUCCCGAGUGGCAGUUUCAUGUGCCUCCUGUGCUUGCAGGCUUCUCUGCUCUUGAAGUGAGGAUCUCCAAGAACCCUGUCUCAGUAGGAGAAAACGUGACCCUAGAGCUCAUUCCUCCAACGGCUGUACAAAGUGGGCUCUGGUUACACGACAGUGAAUCCAUAGUCGUUGCGAUUCAGGGAGCUGUUGUAGUGACUGAGGGGUAUCGUGACAGAAUUACGUUUGAUGCUAAGACCUGGGCACUGUCACUGAGAAAUGUCACUCUGGCAGAUAAUGGAAGUUAUACCAUGCAAGGUAUAACCCCAUCAUUUCUUGUCAAAACAACUUUGUACGUGCUGGAGCCAGUCUCCAAUGUGACAGUCAGAGCCAACGCAACUGACUUAGUGGAACUGAAUGACACUGUCAGCCUGACAUGCUCCGCCUCCGGCUCCUCCCUCUUUUACCGGUGGCAUAAUGGCAGUUCUGACAUCACAGCCAGUGAGCUUGUUCAUCUGAGUGAUGGCAACAGCACUCUCACCAUAUCCAGAGUUCUGAGGUCCGACAGUGGACCUCUGUACUGCAGCGUGUCCAACAGCAUCAGUAAUGGCACCAGUCAGGCUGUCUUCCUCAACAUCAGCUAUGGUCCCGAUAAUGUAGAAAUAUCGGGAAACCCCCAUGAGACAGUCUACAGGGCAGGGUCGGAUAUCAUGCUGUCCUGCCUUGCUCAGUCAAAGCCUGCAGCCGAUUAUCUCUGGGCCUUUGAGGGAACACUGCUUCAAAAUAGAGGCCCAGAGCUUAGACUGAACAACGUCCAUCAGAAUCAGAGCGGGAACUACUCCUGCUGGGCCCACAACAGCGUGACCCUCAGGUACUCCAGCAGGACCACACUGAUAACUGUUGUAGCUCCAAUAACCAGUGUGCUGGUAAAUUCCAAUGGAGGAUUGCCCAUAGAUGAAAAGCCAUUCACUCUUGUGUGCAAAGUCAAUGAAAAAGCAGACCUCAUUCAGUGGCUGAGGAAUGGUUUGCGGCUGUUAGCAGAUAACAGAACAGCCCUCUCUGCAGACAACAGCUCGGUUACUUUCACCCCAGUCCAGCGCUCCGAUGAUGGAAGCUAUCAGUGUGUGGCUCACAAUGCAGUGAGCAAUGGAACCAGCCCUGGAUUCCAACUGCUGGUCAACUACGGGCCAGAGCAGCCCGUCAUCACUGGACCAGACGUAGCAAAAACCGGAUCAAGUGUGACCUUCACCUGCAGUGCCUCGUCUCUGCCAACCUCUCAGUACAGCUGGUACUUCAAUGGCACACGGGUCACAAACGGCUCUGAGUAUGUGACUGCCCCACUGACUUUAGCCAAUCAGGGAACGUAUACCUGUGAGGCCUUCAACCCUGUAACUGGGAGGAACAGCACAGCUGCGAGAGAGCUGAAGGUUCAACCAUCCUCUGCUGUGCUGUCCAAAGGAAGCCUGUUCCUUGCUGCCCUGGGUGUCUCCCUCCUACAGCUGACCAACUGGCUGUCGUGCUGAGACCUUCGGGGUUCCUCUGCUGUUUAGCAUAGUCUCCCAUCUCUAGCCGUACAUUUUCAUUGCAUACAGGACACGCCGGUGUGAAUUAGGGAACAAGAAAGGGAAUAAUGAAUAAUGAAAGAAAUGAGCGUGUGCUGAGAUGUAGCUGUGGAGGUUCAAACCCCCUCCCUCCCAAAAAAUAAAAUAAAAAUUCAGGAGAUGCAUGUAAAAUAUGAAGUCGAUCAUAAACUAAGAACGUAAACCACCCGCCUGCCCCCCCGCCCACCUUUAGUUGUAAAGCUGGUGAAUUACCUGUGAGAGCUCCAAGCAAAACUACUGCAGGCUGCAGCCGGAAGGUAUUGGCUGGUCAGCAGGGGGCACUCUUUCCCACAAAUGUGAAGUCCAACGCCCAAGUAAGGUGAUAUUAGUGGAACUUACUGGAUUUUCAACUACUUGGUUGUACAACUCAUUGGAUUUCAAGGCAAAAUCUGUUCCAAAAAUAAAUUUUACUGCCAUAUAUAUAUAUAUCAUUUUCUAUGCAGAAGCACACCCCUUUCCAGCUGACAUCAAACCAUUUGUCUGUUUAUGAAACUGUUUAUAGUGUCGUGGCAAACAUUGCUUUAAAUGCAAAAUUUGGUUUUGUGUUAGAUUUAGUUUACUUUGGUACAUAAAUGAUUUUGUCAACAUAUAGCUAUUGUUUCUACAGCUUUGCUUAUUGUUUUAUCUUUUUCUGUUUUCACUGUUAUUUAUGAAUAUGCCAAUAUCAUUUUUUUUUUAAUUCAACAGCUACAUUUAAUUAAGCUUUCUUUCUCAUCCAGACAAUAAGAACACAAGAAAUAUGUUGAAUUAAGUGCAACACACAAGGUUGCAUACAAUUUUAUCAUGGAUUACUGUUUUAUACUGUCAUUAAAAUUUCUAUUAACAUUUA